AUGGAGCCCGUACCUCCCUCAAGUGGCGAACGGCGAGCUCGGCGUGAGCCGAGCACUUCAAGCCUUGCCAGCGUCGCUUCGUCUCAUGCCUCAACAAACCUGACAUCAUCACACCGACAAUCGUUUGUGGAUAGCCUCAGGAAUGUGCCGCCUUCCCCCCGCGGCCAGCGUCACCCUUCUUUCACGGGAAUUCCACCAGCCGUAAUUCAAGACCUCCUCAGCAUACCGCUAUCGCGCAAAGCGGCCGACCCUCGGUUCGCCGGUCGAGAUUGGCGGGAUAUAUUAGUUGGAGAGUUAGUAUCAUCGAGCGAUGUCAGAUGGGUGACUGCAGAUACGAGCGUUGAGGAUGCCACGAAGACCCUCAUUAAGGACAACCCCGAAAACGUUGUCCUCGUGCGUGGAAGCGAGGCCAACCAACUCGAGCCCACCAUCUCAACCUUCGAUUUCAACGAUCUGAACGCCUACCUCUUGGUUGUUGUUGGACUGGCGAAACCAGACGAAGAUAGCAUCGCCCUGUACGAUCGAAUCGCCUCUAUGGCGCGUGAGGGAGCCAUUAUCCCCCUACGCGACAUUCAGCCCAUCUGUCGCAAGCAGUCGCUAAUGACCCUGUCCUCCACUGACAAGCUUGGACGUGCCAUUGAGAUUCUCGGAAGCGGCGUUCAUCGAGUCCUAGUCUCGGAUAGCUCUGGAUCCAUUGUUGGCAUCCUCAGCCAACUAAAGCUAACUGAAUUUUUCUGGUCGGAAGGAGCUCAUUUCCCAACCAUCGAUAGAUUAUACACGACCAAUAUUCGUGAGUUGGGGAUUGCAUCCAAACAGGUUCUCGCGGUCAACUCGGACAAUGCGUUGGCAGAUGCCCUCACUCUGAUGUACAAUGAGGGCCUGACCAGCGUUGCUGUUGUCGACAAUGGCUAUAACGUGGUGGGCAACAUAUCAACAGUCGAUGUGAGGCUCCUCACGAGCGCGGCCCGUGCCCCCCUUCUUCAAUCAUCAUGCAUGCACUUUAUCUCCGUUAUUCUCAAUGAGCGCGGGGUAGAGAAAGGGCGGGAUGCCUUCCCUGUAUUCCAUGUCAAUCCCUACUCAUCAUUGGCGCAUACUGUUGCGAAGUUGGUCGCUACCCGGUCUCAUCGGAUGUGGGUAGUUGAGGGAUCAUCAUCGCCUUCCCCGGCCACUUUAGCGACCCCAUCGCAGACGGCCGCCGUUUUGGUGCCUAACACCGGCUCCGCUCCCCAAUCUCCAGCCCCUGGCGCCAGUUUUGGUUCGAUCCCCGCCUCCGCCUUGCCUGGAGCCCAUCUCUCUGGUCGUCUCUCUGGCGUAGUGUCGUUGACCGACAUUCUCAAUCUAUUUGCCAAAUCCACAGGACUAAAUCCAUCGGAUCCUUCCGAACAACGUGCCAGGAGACGCAGAAGCUCGAGCAGUUCUGUGCGGCCCAGUAUCGAUUCUAGCCGGCCGAGCAUUGAUAUUCGUCGAUGA